UUCUACGACACCCAGCCCGUGGAGACGCUGGCCAGCAUCGAGACCAUCUUCUGCAUCGAGGUGCCGGAGGCGACGCCCCCUCCCAAGGCCACCACCCCGCCAGAGGGGGAGGGACAUGGCCGCUCCCGCUGCAGUUGCUCCUGCCACUGCCACUGCUCCUGCAGCCACGCAAUCGCAGGCGGACCUGCUGCUGCUGGUGGCCAACGUGUACCGAGCGAAGGAUGGCAAGGACAUAACCCGAUUCGGAGCCCCCUUCAGCAUGAAGGCGCCGCGCGACUGCUCCUACCAGGACCUGCAGAAGCGGAUGCUGCGCGAGAUGGCGCCGCUGCUCAAGCCCGAGGUCUUCUCCUACGCCACGCCCCCGGCCGAGAUGUUCCGCAUACGGCUGCAGGACCCCUCCGCCGACCCGGACACCUACCUGGAACAGGUGGAGCACCCGCUGCUCACCGAGAUGAUCGACAUGGCGCUCUCCGUGCUCUCCUCCGAGGCGGGGCCGCAGCACAUCAAGCUCCUGCUGGAGUGGAGCGCCCCCGAGGAGCACUUCGUUGGCAAGCAGCAGGAGGCGGAGGAGGCCGUUGUCGAGCACGAGAGCGUGGCGCGGCUGAGCGCCAGCAAGCCGAGCGACACCGCCUCGCUGACCCUCGAGCAGUGCCUGGAGCACUACACCAAGGCGGAGACCCUGAGUGCCGAGGACGCCUGGCGCUGCCCGCACUGCCAGCAGUACCUGCCCGUGGUGAAGACGCUCGGCCUGUGGUCGCUGCCGGACAUCCUCGUGGUGCACUUCAAGCGCUUCCGCCAGCACCAGUCGAAGGGGCCGCAGGCGGCCAAGCUGACCACCAUGGUCAAGUUCCCGCUCACCGCCUUCGACAUGUCGCCCCACUUGGCCCGCGGUGUCCACGAGAGCGCGAGCAGCUCGCUGGGCAUGGGCGCUGCGGCUGGGAUGGGACUCGGACUCGGGCUCGGGCUCAGCGCGAACCCCUGGAAGCGGGCCCGCUCCGGCGACUCGCGCUCCUCCACGCUCAACUCGCGCUGCGAGCCGAAGGACACGCGCUACGACCUGUACGCAGUGUGCUACCAUCAGGGCGACACCCUGGAGACGGGCCACUACACGGCCGCCUGCAAGAACCCCUACGACCGCCAGUGGUACAAGUUCGACGACCAGCGCGUGAGCAAGGUGCCCGAGGACGACAUCGAGCAGGACAUCAUCAACAACGAGGCCUACAUGCUCUUUUACCAGCGACGUAGUGUUGAUGCCGGCGAGUGCUCCGGAUCCAGCUCCAACUCGGGUGACCACUGGGUAUCGCGCAUCGCCCCGGCACCAUCGUCCUCCGCCUCCUCAACCUCCGGAAAGGAGAAGGAGCCGGCCAAGUUGGAUACCAGCGAGACCACAGAGUCUCCGGCGACAGCGGUGGCAGAGAAGGCUCAAUCCAAGCCAGUCGACAUACCCAAAAUCUGUCAGGAGGAGGACCAAGCUGCCGAGGAACCCAAAACCGGGGAUCUGGAGAAACCGCCUGUUACCCACGAGCUCAACAUUGAGGAGCUGGCCUAUGCCGAUGCCGACGUGGACACCAGUUUAAGUGAGACCAGCAAGACGGAGAAACCGCCAGCGACUAAAGAUGGACCGGAGAAGACCGCUGCAGAGGAAGCUACGCCCAUAUUUGCCAUGGAUGAAGACUGCACUGAGCUGGGGCCUGAGAAGGAGGUAGAGCCCGUUAAGGACGAAACCGACCUCCCGGAAGCCACACCAGAAGGACAGCCAUCCACAGAGGUCAAGACCAAUGGCCAUGCGAGCCCCUCGUCGAGCUCCUCCUCCUCGGAAAGCUCGCUCUCGUCGCGCUCCUCGCCAAGAUCACUGAGUACUUCAGUGACGUCCACUUUGCAGAGCAAAAUCAACGGCCACGUGGCCGCCGCUCCGGCUGUGCUCAAUGGAAAUGGAAACGGAAACGGAAACACGCCCCAGCUCUCGUCCAGCCUGCAGCUCUCGCGGCAGGUGCUGCACAACCACAACUGGCACGGAUCCAGGAGCAGCGUGUCGGCGGUGGAGAACGCCACGCACCACCAACAACAGCAGACGGCGGCCAGCCUGAACCUGCGGCACUCCUUCUCCACCAGCUCCAACUACACGGAGACCCUGUCGUCGCUGCUGCGCAAGUCGGCGAACACCUGCAGCAAGGACACGCUGCUGUUCAUUGACCAGCAGAGUCACCACCACACGGCGGGUCUGAUCGAGGACGACGACGAAUCAUACAUGGGCCGGUCCCUUUGGAUAUCCCCCGUGACGCCACACAAACUUAUCACUGUUUCGCCCAAGAAUUAGACGCGACGCAAUAUUCAGGUGCGAAGGCCGCAUGGGCACAGAGAAGGAGAACCGAAAAUGAAAGCGAAACCGAAACCGAAACAAGAACAUACACAAACGCACUAUAGCCAUAAGCCUAAAGUUUACUUUAUAUGAUAUUUCUAAGCCGGAGCUACCGAGCGAAAAGCAUUAUGAAGAUGUUAUACAACUCUGUUUACUUUAAGAUAAUGUACUCAUAUAUACGAUAGUUGCAAUAUUACUUUAUGAAUAAUGUAUUCUACAUGUAGAAGAAAAGCAUUACACCAAACAAUAUAUUAAUAACGGAUGUUUGAGAACUCUGCCACACUGUUUUCUGGAGAGAAGGAACUUUAUUACGGUGUAAAACGUUCAAUGUAUUCGGAAAUAAACGUGAAGUUGUUGGAUAUAAAAUACGAUUUUGAAGCGACAAAAUAAAAUCUAAAGAGCACUUUUGGUAA